AUGGGGCCUCCUCUUUACCACCUAUCAGAUUUGGCCCUUCCCUCCUACCAAGGAGACCGCUGGUAACAUUCACAUUUUUACAUGGAAUUUUUCGAAAUAAAGGGGGCGGUAUAGGAUUCGAACCCCCGAUAUCACUGCUAAGACCCUCCGACUCGCCCACUCGAGUCGCUUAGCCCUUCUUAAAUUGGUGAUGAAGGUGCAUCAGGCUUAGGUUCUGCUUUAGCAAAUUGCAUUAAUCUCUCAAAUUUGACACUUGACCUUGAGUAAAAACAGUUUAUUAGUUUUGGAUUGUGA